CUGCAUGCAGCGUGCCGGGAUGUCGGAUUCUUCUACGUCGUCAACCACGGCGUGCCUGCGUCUGUCACUGAUGGCGUGCUGCAGGAAGCACGCCAGUGGUUCAACAUGCCAGCAGAAGUGAAGCAGCAGAUAGCGCUCGGCCCAGAGACCUCCUACCGGGGCUAUCAGCAGCUGGGCUCCAAUGUGACCCGCUUUGAUGGGGGCUUCCAGAGGGACCACCACGAGGCAAUCGACCUUUACAAGGAAGAAGCCGACAGGGAUGCCAGCCCGGUGCACGGCAUGAAUCCCUGGCCAACACAGCACCCGGCAUUCGAUGCGAGCCUGCGCCAGUAUGUGCAAAGCUGCCUGGGUGUGGGGCAGGCCAUCAUGCGAGGCAUUGCGUUGGGCCUGGGCCUGCCGGGAAACUACUUUGAGUCCGCGGAUGGCGGAGGGACGACUGCAGACUCGAGUUACUGGGUGAUGCGCGCCAUCCACUACCCACCCCUGUCGCAGGCGGUGGCUGGUGCUGAGGUGGAGCGGCAUGUGCAGCUGAGCUGCGGGGAGCACACUGACUACGGCUUACUCACCCUCGUCAACCAGGAGCCCCACAUCCCCGCCCUCCAGGUAAAGAAUGCUGCAGGGGAGUGGAUCACAGCAGAGCCGAUACCGGGCUCCUUUGUUUGCAACAUCGGGGACAUGCUCAAGGUGUACACCAAUGGUCUGUACGAGCCAACUCCCCACAGGGUCAUCAACGCCGAUCCCAGCCGCUCGCGUGUGUCAAUCCCCUUCUUCUACGAGCCUGCCUUUGACGCCCAGGUGGCGCCCAUUCCUGCACUGCUACAGCCCGGAGUGGUUCCCAGCUUCGGCUCGGUGUGCUACGGCAGCCAUUUGGAGAGCAAGGUGCUCAACAACUUU